AUGCUGCACCGCAGCACCGCAAGCGCCGACAGCGACGUCUUCGCGCAGACGUCGGCCCUCUCCUCCAGCACAUCGACCGCCCGCGCUGAGCGUCAGCCGCUGCUUCUGUCCGGUGCGCCGCCUCCGCAAGUGUUUGCGCACCCCGUCGAGUGCGCGUCGCUCGCCAGUCGCGUGCUCCUGCAGUGGGUCACGCCGUCCAUAGCGCUCGCGAAUCGCGCGUCGCCUUCGAGUCACCCCGACCCCCACCCUCACUUGCGUCCUAAUCAGAUCCAGCGACAGCCAAGUGGACCCACAGCCAAGCGCGGGCUGCAGCAGGCGGACGUCUGGGAGCUGCCGCCUCACGCACGAACCGAAGCUGGCGCCAAUGCCUUGCAGCGCGCUUGGAUCACCCGCGGCUCGCUGCCGCUGGCUUUUGUAUCGACACAGGGACUGCAGUUUGCUGGACUUGGCGUGCUGUAUGCGGCCGUCAAGCUCUGCGACCUCAUGGGGCCCUACGUGCUCUUCCAAAUGGUGUCGCUGCUGCAGAAACAGGAGCAAGAAAAACGUGAGGACGAGCGAGAGACGAGAAACGGUUUGCUCGUCUGGAUUGGGACGCUGCUGGUCUCCCGACUGCUGCGCGCGCUGCUGUCGACUUUCGUCCGAGCAGAGCUGCAGACAAUGACGUUGAGACUCACAGUAGCGCUGCAGAGUCUGGUGUUCCAAAAGGCGCUGCGGCUGCCGAACGUCUCGACUCAACAAGUCGACGCGCUCUGUACUGUCGAUGUGAUGCAGCUGUUGCAAGGCGUGGCGUGUAUACACGAAGUCUGGGUGAUGCCGCUCGUUGUAGCGUUGAUGUUGGCUGGAAUUGGAAGAUGCGUUGGUGCGGCUGCAUGCGCAGCUACUGCGGCCCUCGUGGUCAGUACGUUGCUGGUCUCUCGUCUGUUGACACAGCUGCAGCUUCAGUCACUGGAUCGACUGCGACAAGCACGAGAGGAGCUGCAACGAUCGGCGAUGGAUACGGUGCAUACUAUGCCUGCCGUGAAACUACACGCGUGGGAGUCGGCCGCUGUAACACGUGUGAAUGCCACUGGAGGACGUAAACUUGCGGCCUUGUGGGAUUUCCAGGUGCGGUGUGCCGCUGGAAUUGCGUUUCAGUUUGCGACGCCGGUGCUGGUGACCGCUGCGGCACUAGCGGUGGGGUACUACUCGUCCGCGCGCUCUCUCACCGCAGCAUCAGGUGUUGCCACUUUGGCGCUUGUGCGUCUCAUGCAGACACCACUCCGAGUCUUGCCCAAAGCGGUGCUGAGUGCUCGAACCGCUUGGCGGUCCCUUCGCGAUCUGUCUCACUUUAUCGACCAGGAUGAACUGAACCCGCACGCUGUAGCUCGACGCGACAGCCUGGGUGUGGUCGCCAAGUACGAUGCACGAGAUGUCGUCGUUGCGGUCGAGGACGCUACAUUGGGAUGGGGCAGCAGUGGUCCGGUGCUUUUUCAGCACUUGGAUCUGACAGUGGGUGUUGGCGAGCUUCUCCUGGUUCACGGACGUCCUGGUAGUGGCAAGUCGUCGUUUCUCUCGGCACUGUUGGGCGAAAUGCAAGCGCGUGCUGGAAGCGACGGUGUAAGUAACCGUGUAUAUGUUGGCGGCUCUGUGGCGUAUUGUCCGCAACAGCCGUGGCUGCAACGAACGCUGUCGGUGCGCGAUAAUGUGCUGUUCGGGCUCCCGUUCGACCGUCGCAAGUAUCAACUCGUGCUCGACGCGUGCGCGCUCGUGAGCCCACUCGCAGUGUUAUCGGCUGGAGAUCACACUGUAAUUGAAGAGUGGAUGCCUACUCCGGAACAGCAAGCGCUUGUGAGCCUAGCGCGUGCCUGUUACAGCGAUGCCGCAGUGUAUCUUCUUGACGAACCACUGGCACGCUGCUCCAAACAUGUAGCACGCGAAACCUUUUACCGGUGCCUGUCAGGGCUGUUGCGCAACAAGACGCGGGUAGUCGUUACCACGCGCGCAGAGUUUAUUCAUUCGGAGUUUGUUGACGACGCUAUCCGGUUUGAAGACGGCGGCCGCCUCGUGCACAUCCGCGACGUCGAUGAAGACAAAGGCCGUGAAGAACAAGGCGAGGACAAGAGACGCAGCGUGGAAAGCGAAGAGGCCGAUGUGGAGAGUGGCGCGCACUGCUCUACGACUGAGUUAGACUGUGCGAGCAUGAGCGCGUCACGGAGUUUACCGGUCGAAGAACUAGCGGGCACUGAGCAGCUGUCUAUCGAAAAUGCUGUCAACACGACUCGCAACUCGUUGAGCGACCGACCGUUGCGCGAGUAUCUUUCGUGCGAAACGGCAGCAGAAGCGGAGUGGAGUGAACAUGAGAGCGAAGGACUGGGCAAGUCGGCUCGGGCGUACGCGCGCGCGAUCGGUGGUGCUCCCCUAGCUGUCGUUCUUUUCGUGCUACUGGUCUUCUGGCACGCUCUGCAGCUGCUGAGUGAGGUGUGGGUUGCGUACUGGGUGCGCUCUCGCGGCCACACGAGUAUGGCGGUGGAUCAGCUCGUCUACGUCUCAUUGGCGUUGGGUGGCGUGCUCAUCGCCUUCGGCUAUGCGCUGGUUAUUGCUGUGGUGGCAGUCGGGGGAGCGCGUCGUGCUUUCUCGUCAUUAGCCUUCGCGUUUCUCCAGGCCCCUCUGGCUUUCUUCGAUGCUUUCGGUUGUGGGAAUGGCAAGGUCCGGUCAAAGCGACUCAGUCUCGCCCGAAGACGUAAGCUCGAGCGGGCUUUCACAGGCACGGAUCUCACCGACAUGGGUGUGAGACUCCCUCUUGCCGUCGGGGCGGUACUAGCACUUGGAGCAUCGACUUUGACUGCGCUGCUGACUGCUGCGACGGUGACACGGUACUAUGCAGUGUUGAUUGCUCCAGUAUUGUACGUGUACGUGCACACGGCCAGGUCGUACCUGCGACCAGCCCGUGAUCUCGUUCACCUGGAGCGCACAGUGCGACGUGCUGCUCAGUUACAUGUAACGGAGUCGAUUCUGGGUGCCCGCGUGAUCCGCGCUUUUGGACUGGCACAUGUGAACCGUGUGUUGGGCCACCACUUUUGGCUGCAAGAUGUUGCUGCGCGUAAUGGUCACCUCGGCCUGCACAUCGAUGAAUGGCUCACAUUGCGCGUCCAGGUAUACGGCGCUGUCGUCGUCGGGGUCGUCGCGUCUUCGUCGUUUCUGGCGCUGCGAUACACGCUAAGCACUGGCACGCUGGCGCUCGCUCUGCACGAAGCACUGGUAGUCGAUGGAGGUGCGCUGGAGGCGCUCGUGCGGAUGUGGGUUUGGCUGAGCCCGGUCCUGCCAAUUGCUGCCCGAAUGCAGGCAGCUGUGCGAGGGGUGAAAGUGAUCACGGAGAGUACAGCAUACUCGACUGCGGCGGCAAGUGGCAUGUCAACACCGUUUGCACCCGUGCAAAGUGCAGCCAGUCCAUCACUGUCGUGGCCCGCGAAGGGCGAUGUGCGCUUUGACGCAGUGAGUUUUCGCGACCCGGCAGCUACCAAUGUGGAGAUUACAGACAUGUUCGAGAUUGGUGAUGGUGGCGCGCCGCCCUUGGCUCUAAAAAGCGUGUCGUUUCGCUUACAGGCAGGAGAGAAAGCUGCCAUUUUCGAGUCAUGCGCUGUCGUUUCUCCGGUCGGCCGCGCACUGCUACGUGUGCACGAGUUGACUGCCGGGCGGAUUGUAGUAGACGGCGUGGACAUUUCUACGUUGGACGUGCACACGCUUCGCUCUCGUGUGGCUUGUGUGUCAGCCGCCGCGCCCAGUGGUGCUUUGUACGAUGGUCUGGUGCGUACGCAGCUUGACCCGAGCGGGGCUGACAUCGAGGACGAGCGUCUGUGGGCUGCGCUGCGUGCUGUGGGACUUGCGAGCAAUGUGGCUACACUAGAUGGACUGCUGCCUGGCAUUGCUGAUCUGCAACAAGACCCUGCCAAGCGACUCCUGCUGAGCCUUGCUCGUGCACUGCUGAGUGAGCCGUCGGUGGUGGUGCUGGCAUUAGCUCCUGUGCUACUGUUGUCACCUGAGCAUGAGUGCCAACCGGAGCCGGAGCCGUAUGCAAGUCUCGACGAUACGACACUCAAUGUCUUGCAACGUGUGCUACAGGAAGAGCUCUGCGCUGCAACCGUUGUAGUGCUACUACCGUCUGCUGUAUCGUCGCCGCAGUCUGUCCAGGCUCGAGUAACAGCUUUGCUGAAUGCGGUGGGACGCGUUCUGGCUGUGGGUGAUGGUGAGAUCGCCGAGCUUGGGACGUCUGCAGACAUUGCAAUGACUGCAGCUUGUCCGAGUCGGCAGGCGGUCCUUCCUGCGGUCCGCAGUAGACUGGAGCUGUCUGACUUGGAGCAUCCUUGCGAGGACUCUGGCCCAGCGGUUUUGCAAGAAGCCGAAAGGUUGGACUAA